AUGGCUAUACAAGCAAAAGCCAAAGUGCCGGGCAGUAUAUACUCGGAUCUGAGACGGGAGGGUAUACUAAAGGAAAGUCUGUAUAAAACGGAUAAUGACCUCAAGUAUCGGUGGGUGUCGUACGACAACUGGACAUUUGAGCGCACAUUCAAUGUGGACACAAAACUGUUAGCCAAACAAUACGUAUAUUUGUUGGCCGAUGGCAUCGACACCGUAAGCACUGUCACCAUAAAUGAUGAAUUGAUCGGUCGGACAGACAAUCAGUUCAUAAGAUAUAAGUUUGAUGUGAAGAAAGUCCUCAAAUUGGGUCCAAACGUCAUACGAGUGGCCAUACAGUCGGCGCCGUUAUAUUCAAUGCAAAGGGCUAAACAAUACGAGACUCAAUACAAGUAUAAAGUGAAUGACUGCACUAAAGGCGCUGACAAUGAAUGCUAUUAUGAUUUUAUCCGAAAAAUGGCCUCUUCUUACAGUUGGGAUUGGGGGCCGGCAUUUCCCACACAAGGCAUAUGGAAACCCAUUGGCAUCGAGGCGUACGAUAAGGCAGUCCUCCGGGACGUAAUGGUAGACACAAAACCCGACCCUAAAAAUAGCUCUCAAUGGGUGCUGACAGUCAGUACGUACGUGGAGUCGGCAUCACUGAAACAAAUCGACACAAUACUCGACAUCUCAUUGGACGACAAAAUCUUAGUUUCAAAACAGAAACACAGUUUGAAAACCGAUUUACUCGGAUCCGUGAAACUAGAUAUCGUGAUCCCUAUCCCA